GCCUCUGUUUAUUUGUGAAGUCUGUGGCCCAAAAAAGUUUUCCAGGAAAAUAGUAGUGGUUAGUAACAGCUGGUGGCAUUUGGGUUCCCACAAAGAGCACAGCAACUUGUCGAAACCCAGUUCAGUCUCCUUCACUGCUACUAGUGCUCUUCCAUGGCUUCUCUUCUCUGUCCAUCCGCUGCCAUAUCUGUACAAAACAAGGUGAAUCCCCUCAGAGCCAGACCUAUAUGUACAAACUCAAUAUCCCAGUUUUAUCAGUCUACUGUUGGUAUUGAUAAGUAUCAUGAGCUUUCAUUCAAGACAAAAGCCAAGCUGUCUGUUGAAGCAGAUGUAGUUGAGAAAGAAGCAAACCAAGUCAAUGAGAAGAUAGAUUAUGGAGUUGUUAGUGUUCACCAUGUUGGGGUGCUAUGUGAAAACCUUGAAAGAUCACUUGAAUUUUAUCAAGGCAUAUUAGGUCUUGAAAUAAAUGAGGCAAGGCCACAUGAUAAGCUUCCUUAUAGGGGUGCUUGGUUGUGGGUGGGUUCUGAAAUGAUCCACUUAAUGGAGCUUCCAAAUCCUGACCCCUUAACAGGACGACCUCAACAUGGCGGCCGUGACCGACAUACUUGCAUUGCUAUCCGCGAUGUGUCUAAGUUGAAAGCAAUCCUUGAUAAAGCUGGAAUUCCCUACACUCUUAGCCGGUCCGGGAGGCCUGCAAUCUUUACACGAGAUCCAGAUGCAAAUGCUUUAGAGUUCACUCAAGUGGAUGACUGAUAUAUUUAUCCAUUGGGUACAAGUUUUUAAUACCCUUGUUGUUUCUACUUCACAAACACCAAAUGACUGUAGAAAUUGCAAAUGUUAGAAUGUGCAGGAACAUGGAUUUAAGCACUGAUAUCAUAUAUAGGAUCACAGAUUACACGAAGCCAACUGUGCUUGCUGUUACGUUUUUGUGAGCAAAUUUUCAAAUGAUGAUGAGGAUUGGACAAACAAUUCGCCUCUCAUUCCUUUUUAAUCCUCUAUGUAUAAAGGGAGAAUUAUUAUCAA